CUUAUUGUGUCGGCCGUGGUCACAAGUAAGAUCUGGAUCCUUCAGGACGUUGGAGGUGGAUCUACAGGGAAGUUGUGUGGUUUCUCCUUCAGUCUUCUGGAAACCUCCAGGUUUUAACAGACAGAUCGGUGACAGGUUAUUUCUGGAGUCAGUACCAGGGGUGAAGUUUGAGUUUGAGCUUCCAGACGUUCUCGUCCUCCUCAGGUUCUGUCCUGGAUGCUUGGAGGAUGAAGGGGUCUCGGUCGGUCACCGUGUCCAGAGGAGAAGACGCCGGGAGGAGACCCUGGACGGGGGGAGAUGUCGCUGCUCAUCAGGAAGGUGGAGCUGACGGACAACGGUUCGUUCUUCUGCAGAGUGGAGCUGGACCAGAAUUAUUUUGAAGCAAAGAUUGAUCUAUGUGUUGAAGCUAAACCCAAGAUCCUGAGCCUCUCUGUGGUGGAUGAACCCUGUGGCUCUGGCAGCGCCCCCCGGUGGCUGCGGUGUGAAUUCGAGGGCCACCCACUGCCGCAAAUCGUGUGGUUGAAGAGCUCCAGGCGUCUGCUGGAGCCCCAGGGCCGGAGGAUGGAGACGGGGCCCUAUCGAGGGAUCAGCUGCGUCCCUUAACCCCAGGACGAGGUGUUGACCUGCAGGGUGGAGAGUCGCCUGGACGAAGCAGAGAGGACGUAUCCAGACAUCGAUUCACAGCCAGUCGUCCUGGUCAUCGUCCUGGUCAUCGUUGGCCUCGUGGUGAUGAUGAUGCUGUCGACAGGACUCGUCUGUUUCUGCAGGGGAAAGAAACGUCCGGUCUCAAACUCUCUGGCUGAUGAAGGAGAAACUCUUCAGUCCAUUUAUUCAGUCAUUAAGUCACAGAGACAGGAUUCUUCCCGUGAGUCUGAAUCUACUAAACAGACGUCUGACGAUCUGAACUUUUAUCUGUGUUGCAAAUGAGAUGAAUCGUUCUCACGAAGCAGCUGCAGCUUCAUCUCCACCGUUUGUCUUUCAGCUCAACCGGUGAACUUCCUCCAGCCUGGUCAGCAGAACCAGGAAGCAGGUACUUUAGGACAAAACCUUUCUACAGGAAAACCUUCCUUCCUUCCAUCUAAGAAUAACACUUGAACAUUCAUCAACAUUAUUUUAUCCACCUAAAAUGACAGAAACCAUCCUUAAAAAAUAAUUAUUUGACGUGUAUUUUAGUGUUUUA